AUGAGGCUAGUGAGAUACCUCAUGAGGAACUCCCAUCUCCUUCUUGAGACGAUGGAGCAGAGCUGGUGCCCCUCUGUACCCCUUCAGAUUAUCCCUGCCCAUGCGGAUCCAGCACCGAUGAGAAACCAUGUUGCAACCGAGAACAUCCAGCCCAACAUAACAGACUCCAUACGUGAUGGUCUCACAAUUGCACAGCAAGAAUUCAAAGGAGGAGACCAAUUUACAGCUCAUGAGAUCUUAGUGGGGCAUUUGGAGAAGUAUUUGGAGCUAUGUUGUGCUGGAGAAAAAGAUGAGGAAAACUGUUUGCAACAGUUUGAAAAGCUGCACCGUGAUCUGACCGAUUCAUUGUUGCUUCAUCUUUCAAAAGUGUUGGAAGGAAAUCCACCCCCUGAAAUGGGAAACAACCAUCAGAUGGAACAGGCAUUUUUCAAGAUGCUCCCUAUCAUAGAAAAAGAGGACGCCAUGGAUGCAAGAUGCAUUGAGAGUGAUAGGGCAGGCCUCAAGUUUCCUUGGAGACCCAUGAGGUGGAAGGAAAAAGUAUAUCUGAAGAUGGAGACCCUGCUACCUUUGAGAAUCAAGAAUUUUCAGCCCCCACCUCAGAGUGAAUCUCUGGAAGAGUUCAUAUCCUACUUGAAAGAACUAAAGCAGAUGGCAUGCUCUGACAUCAGGGUCUUGGAGAAACUUGCCUCUCGUUCCCCAACUCCUCAUUAUAAUAUAUGCAAGGACUUCAUUCAGAUGUACCACAGGUGCCUUGCAAAUCAACUAAAAGGGGUGAUCCCAUUGGACCCUUACCAUUAUAAACCUGCCAGAGAAUGGGUCCUGGAGCUGAAUUCAGGCAGUGAAGAGGUGUUCAAUUUCAAGGAUGAAUAUGCUCCCAUUUGGAAUGAAUGGGAGAGAGGAUUUAUUAUGAAACAUGAAGAACACUUGUCAAAAACACUGGAUAAGGCAGUGAAGAAAUGGCACAACACCGGUGAAAAUGAUGAUGAUGAUGGUGUCUCCACUUUGAGUGAAGUGGUUCCAUCAGGAUAUUUUGGUCUAAGGUGCAACACCACCACCUUGGAAACUAUUUUUCCAGCCUGCAUUGACCAGAUUAUCCAAUUCCUAUACAAGUGUAAGGAUGAAGUCAAGAAGUACAAGGAUGAGUAUAUUCAAGAUCCCAAUAAGUACCCAUGUUUCACCAAGUACAUGGUGGAUGUUGUAAAUGACAUGCUGGAGAUCCCCGGAAGGUUUUAUUGGCAUCCUGAAAACUUCAAGUCCAAGGUGGAAAAACUCAAAGCUGUUGCAUUGGAGGUACGAGAUGAAGUAGCAAGGAUGCUCGGGCUCCUUGGGGCUAUCGAUCUGGAGAAGGACAUUGCCCAUGUUUUCAACAGCAACCAGCUUGAUGGUGAAAGUGCAGCAAAUACUAUCUCAGCGAUCAUGGAUAAAUUUUUCUACAAACAUGAGCACCUUAGAAGAGAGAACCUUAUCCCCAUUGCUCGCAUGUUCGCGGACAUGAGCAAAACUGCCAUGCUGAGCAGGGAGCAGCAGCAGCUAACAUCAACCACAAGUCUGCCUAAGAGAAAGAGGGAGGACUGGAAAGGACUUGGCCAUGCAGAUUACUUCCAAAAAAGGAAAAAGCAGAAGGUUAUAAAGAACAAAGCAAAUAUUUACAUGCCUGACAACAUGACAAAGGGGACCGGAUCAGGUGUUCAGUGUGAGGAAUCUCCUUUGAAGAAUAGGGAGACUACAAGAUUGCAAAAGGAGAAUGGGGAGUUGAGGCAAAUGGUUGAAAAACUUCAAGAGAAGAACCAAGAACUGGAGAUAAUGCUCCAGAAGAAUUUGGAAAUUAUACCUGCUACCAUCAAGCAGACAAUUACAGAGCAGCUUACAUCUGUUCUAAACCAAAGACUGCUGUCUGCAAGUUCCAUACCUCCUGCUCCAACAGUACCAAAACUUGUUGAGAAUGGACUGGAGACUGAUGUUCCAUGCAAUGAGCCUGCUACUGCUCCAAGUGGAGAUGUCCCCAUUUCUCUUAGUGAGGAGCAACAAGUGGAGCUGCAGCAUUAUCAGCAUCAAUUUGGUCACUACACAGCUAAACUAAUGCGAAUGAAGUUCACAAGUGAGGAACUGCAGAGAUGCAGCAUUUUUGGAAGAGAACGAAAGGGACAGAAGCCUAGGGAACCCUUGCCCGAAGAAAUGCGCCAAUUUGUCGAAAAUCACUUGAGAGAAAAAUUUGGGAAGUCUCUUACUGAGGUCCGGAGUAAAAUGUCCCAGAUAUUGAGAGACCAACGGAGCUCCAAGAAGAAGUCCUAGUCUUCUGGCCCAAUCUUUGAGAAAUGCACGGUUGAUGGAUGAUGUGUCAAUGUAAAUUAUUAUAUAUGAAAUAAAUUGCUUUUUAUUUUUA